GGCUUGUCCCAAGACGUGUCCAGCAAACCACUGCACCCAACACCCCUUAUGCAAGCAGAGAUGAUGCAAGACUGGAGACCUAGGAAUCCUUCUCAGGGGUGGCAGAAGAAGAAAGCGAUGCCUCUUUUUCUCUGGAAAAGGGAGAAGAAGGAAAAGGAGUUUUUGUGCUGGAUGUUUUGAGGUGUCAGCCAUCCCAAGGGACACUUUGCCACACGGAGAUAUCACUUGUCUGGGACUAAACUGCUGCUGCUGCCAGGAGCCAAGAGGCUGUGGGAGGAUCCUACUCCGGGCUGCCGAGUGUUGUCCCACUGAGUGAGAAGCUGCCAGUGGCUCCCAGCCAUGCGGAUCCUGCCUCUGCUCUGCGCUCUCCUCCUGGUGAUGCUCCAGGGAGCAGCAGGGCUGUCCCUCGCUCGAGGAUCGCCCCAGGACUGUCAGCGCCGUGGGGGCUUCUGCUCUCGCGGGUCCUGCCCUCCGGGGAUCGGCCGUGUUGGCAUUUGCUCUGAGCGAGAGUUCUGCUGUCGGAGCCGAUGGUAUCCCUGAUGGCCUUCUGCGUUCCUGGCACCGAUCUCCGAGAAGCCCUCUGAGACCUCCCCAUGCCCUCUCAACAUGGUCAGGACGAUGCUGUGAAGAGGAACCAAGCACCUCUGGGAACAGUGGCAACCCUGGACAGCUGGACCAUGUUCCCAUGGGAAUCCCUUCCCCUCUGUCUGCAAUACAAGAUGGUGGUUUUCA